UGGGAGACCAGAUAUGGUGAAUGCAGGGUCCUGGGAGACCGGAUAUAGUGAAUGCAGGGUCCGGGGAGACCAGAUAUAGUGAAUGCAGGGUCCUGGGAGACCAGAUAUAGUGAAUGCAGGGGUCCUGGGAGACCAGAUAUAGUGAAUGCAGGGUCCUGGGAGACCAGAUUUAGUGAAUGCAGAGUCCGGGGAGACCAGAUGUGGUGAAUGCAGGGUCCGGGGAGACCAGAUAUGGUGAAUGCAGAGUUCUGGGAGACCAGAUAUAGUGAAUGCAGGGUCCGG